GAUGCGCAUGCGCGGCCGAUCUGCACAUGCGCAAUACUCGCGCUGCCGCUGCUGUCCCUGCCUGGUUGAGGUGGCAGCAAGGGGCGGGACGCGCAGCGCUAUGGCCGAGGGCAGCGGGGAAGUGGUCGCAGUGUCUGCGACCGGGGCUGCCAACGGCCUCAACAAUGGGGCAGGCGGGACCUCGGCGACGACCAACAACCCGCUGUCGCGCAAGCUGCAUAAGAUCCUGGAGACGCGGCUGGACAACGACAAGGAGAUGUUAGAAGCUCUCAAGGCACUUUCAACCUUUUUUGUUGAAAAUAGUCUGAGAACUCGAAGAAAUUUACGUGGAGAUAUUGAACGAAAAAGUUUAGCCAUCAAUGAAGAAUUUGUAAGCAUUUUCAAGGAAGUGAAGGAGGAACUUGAAAGCAUAAGUGAAGAUGUUCAAGCAAUGAGCAACUGUUGUCAAGAUAUGACAAGUCGCCUACAGGCAGCAAAGGAACAGACUCAAGAUUUAAUAGUAAAAACCACUAAGCUUCAAUCUGAAAGCCAAAAAUUAGAGAUAAGAGCACAAGUCGCAGAUGCCUUCUUAUCCAAGUUCCAACUGACUUCUGAUGAAAUGAGUCUUCUUCGAGGUACAAGAGAAGGACCCAUUACUGAGGAGUUUUUCAAGGCACUUGGAAGAGUAAAACAGAUUCAUAAUGAUGUCAAAGUUCUCUUGCGUACAAAUCAACAAACGGCAGGUUUAGAAAUUAUGGAACAGAUGGCCUUACUUCAAGAAACGGCUUAUGAAAGACUUUACCGAUGGGCUCAAAGUGAAUGCAGAACAUUGACACAAGAAUCAUGUGACGUAUCUCCAGUAUUGACACAGGCAAUGGAAGCCCUGCAGGACAGACCUGUCUUAUAUAAAUAUACCUUAGAUGAAUUUGGAACAGCCAGAAGAAGUACAGUUGUUCGUGGAUUUAUUGAUGCGCUCACAAGAGGGGGCCCCGGAGGUACACCUAGACCAAUUGAAAUGCACUCUCAUGACCCUUUGAGGUAUGUGGGAGAUAUGUUGGCUUGGCUCCAUCAAGCUACUGCUUCUGAAAAGGAACACCUUGAAGCUCUCUUAAAGCAUGUAACUACACAAGGUGUUGAAGAAAAUAUUCAAGAAGUUGUUGGGCAUAUCACUGAAGGUGUGUGCAGGCCUCUAAAGGUUCGCAUUGAGCAAGUAAUAGUUGCUGAACCUGGGGCAGUUUUAUUAUAUAAAAUUUCUAAUCUCCUCAAAUUUUAUCACCAUACAAUCAGUGGCAUUGUUGGAAAUAGUGCAACUACAUUGUUGACUACCAUUGAAGAAAUGCAUUUGCUAAGCAAAAAAAUAUUCUUCAAUAGCCUGAGUCUCCAUGCAAGUAAAUUAAUGGACAAGGUUGAACUCCCACCACCUGAUCUUGGACCAAGUUCUGCACUAAAUCAGACACUAAUGUUGCUGCGUGAAGUUUUAGCAUCUCAUGAUUCUUCAGUUGUACCAUUAGAUGCUCGUCAAGCUGAUUUUGUGCAGGUUUUAUCAUGUGUCUUGGAUCCUCUCCUACAGAUGUGUACUGUAUCAGCCAGCAAUUUAGGCACAGCUGACAUGGCCACUUUCAUGGUCAAUUCACUAUAUAUGAUGAAGACAACAUUAGCUCUAUUUGAAUUCACUGACAGACGUCUGGAAAUGCUACAGUUUCAGAUUGAAGCACAUUUGGACACACUUAUUAAUGAGCAAGCCUCUUAUGUUUUAACUAGGGUAGGCUUGAGUCACAUCUAUAACACUGUACAGCAACAUAAACCCGAACAGGGCUCUUUAGCUAAUAUGCCCAACCUAGAUUCUGUGACACUGAAGGCUACAAUGGUUCAGUUUGAUCGUUAUCUGUCAGCCCCAGACAACCUAUUAAUACCACAGCUGAACUUUCUUCUAAGUGCCACAGUGAAAGAGCAGAUCGUAAAACAAUCUACAGAAUUAGUCUGCAGAGCCUAUGGUGAAGUGUAUGCAGCUGUGAUGAAUCCAGUCAAUGAAUACAAAGAUCCAGAGAACAUUCUUCAUCGAUCGCCACAGCAAGUGCAGACGCUUCUUUCCUGAUUAUCUUAUUUCAUUGUGUUAGCAAAAUAUGACCUCCCUAAAACACUGAAGGUUACUUUUUAUUCUUUGAAUUUUUACUUUAAAAUUUGGUAGUUACAGUUUUCUUUGUAUCAUGAGAUUGUAAGUCCCGAUAAUUUUUUUUUUUGAUCUCAGUAACAUGGAAGUAAAUAACAUGUUGACCUGAGCUAGUAUUGCUGUGUAUCUACUCUAAAUAAGAUGCUCUAUUUUUUUUGCUAGCCAUCUCUCCAGCUCUCCAGAUUUCACUGUAUUCAGGAAGCAUAAAGUAAUAUGAAAGGUUUGAAGAAUGUUUUUUACAAGACUAGUAGUUCUAAAUUAACAGCAUAUAUAAAAAAUUGGUCUAAAUUUAAGAAUUAGUAUAAGGAUAUGACUUAAUAAAUGUCUCCUUACCUAAAGAUUCAUUUGCUUUCUUACUAAUAUGAGUAGGUAUACUUAGUAGCUUUUCUCAACCUAGCCUAUGUCUCUGUCCCCAAAAUAGCUGCCCUUAAAGAGUUGUUAGAAGAGAGAAAAAUAACAGUGAAUUGUGCUUCUGGUGUAUAUGGCAGUGAAUCUCCUUUCUGUUCUACUUUAGCAUACUAUAUAUAUUUGACUGCAUACAUUUUUACACAAUUUUAAAUAUACACUCAGCAAUAAUGAGAAAAAAAGGAGAGAGAAAAGUGAUUUAAACAGGGUGGAUUCCACUCUGUGGGAACCCUCAAUGGAACUCAAGGUGGAACUCAGCCUUUCCAAUGAACUCUAAACAUGUAGACAGCCCGAGCUGUGUCUAAGGCUGGUGUUUAAAGAUGGGUAUUUGUCAUACAAUAUGGGUCCUAAAUCCAACCAACUACACAUUUUAUCUGGUGUUCAAACCAAGAAACAAUGAUCUACUCAAACACUGGAGAAAAAUCUGCCAGAGGAGGGGUUGCCAGUUGGCGGUGUGUCUUAUCUCCAUGGUGUAACUGGACUCUGACUUUAGACCAUUACCUAUUAGGAAGAUUCAAAAUGACUGUAUUUUUAAAGGAGUAAAUCCCAGUGUGCCUGAUUUGACAUUCUUAUCAGCAAAAAAACUUGAUUUCUAGUAAAUCUAUAAAAAGGGGCAAGUCCCUACAUUUCAAAUGAGAAAACUGAAGCACAAAGAAAAAAAUAACUAGUUUGAAAUAUUUUGAAAAGUAAUAACAUUAAUAUUUGUAGAAGAUUAUGUUGUAUAUAACAAAUUAGUAUUUAUAGAAUAUGACCUAUUUAUCUGAAGUUUAUAAUUGUUUAUACCUAAUACAAUUCUUUUUGGAGUAAGAAUGAUUAUAUAAUCAUUAUCCAUUUGGGUAUAAAUCUGUAUUUUUAGUUUUUUUCCCUUUGAUUAGUAUGUGUUAUAUAUAAAAGACAGAAAAUAAAGUAUAAAUCAAGAACUUAAUUUUAAUAUAAUUUAUUUCUACAGUGAAAGAAGAUUGAUACCUUGCCAUGAGUAAAUUCCUUUGUUUUAUAGGGAAAAAUUUAUUGUGCUUUUCAGCUGGCUUUGUUUCAAAUAAAAUAUUAUAAUAU